GUAACUUCCUCUUUCUCGGAGUCAAUGAGGUGUGUGCACAAAUGUGAAGCCGUCAACUUGAAACUCUUGCUGAAACAAGUCUGAAGGACUCUGCCUGUUCAUUAAUUUCAAAAUAUUCUCCAUGAAAUGAAGCUACAAUCCUCUUCUUGACAGGCGUGUACAUAUACAGGACCAUAAAGGCGACAGAUUCUUCACCAUCAUGCUUAAACAGUUUAACAUUUUAAAGCAGUUUGGAAAUGGGGGGAAGUCGCAAGAUGCAACUGACCUACUUACAGAUGAUCUGGUUUUGGUGGAACAGCGUGUGGAGCCAGCCAGAAAAGCUGCCCAAAUCAUUCAUAAGAAGCUGGCGGGCUGCCUGCAAAGUCAGCUGGGACUGGACUCUGAGCGACGAAUGAAAAAGUUACCCCUCAUGAUGCUGUCUGUUAGUAUGGCUGAGAGCUUUAAGGAUUUCGAUGGGGAAUCCUCUAUUAGAAAAGUUUUGGAAAUGUGCUGCUUCAUGCAAAAUUAUCUGGCACGGACAUUGGCUGACUUUGAGAUGAAGUUGGAGAAAGACGUACUAGUGCCUCUAAAUAAGCUCAGUGAGGAGGACCUGCCGGAAAUCUUAAAAAACAAGAAACAGUUUGCUAAACUUACAACAGACUGGAACAGUGCUCGGGUCAGAUCUCAAACCAGCACAGGACCACAAGCCAAGCAGGAUGGUCUUAGAGAAGAUUUAGAGGAGGCCUGGAGAAGACUGGAGUCCAUCAAGGAUCAGUACUCUGCAGAUCUUUAUCAUUUUGCUACUAAAGAGGAUGAGUAUGCCAGCUACUUUAUUCGUCUUCUGGAGCUACAAUCUGAAUAUCACAAGGCCUCGUAUGAAUUCCUGGAGAGAAACAUAUCUGAGCUUAAAGAGAGCCACAGUCACACAGAACCUCAAGUGAAUUUAUCGGAAAAUAAGGUAUUUGGAGAACCCCUACUGUCGCACCUUGAGAGAUGCAAUCGAAAGAUUGCCGUACCAAUUGAGGAGUGUGUGAGCAUGUUGAUGCGUACAGGACUCAGAGAGGAGGGUUUGUUCAGGCUAGCAGCUGGUGCGUCUGUUAUGAAAAGACUAAAGAGCUGUCUGGAUUCGGGGACAGUCGACCAAAAUGAGUUUAAGUCUGACCCUCAUGCUGUAGCAGGGGCUCUUAAAUGUUAUCUGAGAGAGUUGCCUGAACCGCUCAUGACAUUUGAAUUGUAUAAUGACUGGUUUCGGGCUGCUGGGGAAAAAGAGACAGAAGAAAAACUAAAUCUGCUACGGGAGGCAUUGCAAAAACUUCCCACAGACAACUACAACAACCUCAGGUACCUUGUGCAGUUUCUGUCACACUUAUCAGAACAUCAAAAAGUGAAUAAAAUGACCCCCAGUAACAUUGCCAUAGUGCUUGGUCCUAAUCUACUUUGGCCUCGCUGUGAGGGAGAGACUUCCUUGUUGGACAUGGCAUCUGCAUCUUCUGUGCAAGUUGUGACCAUCAUAGAGCCGCUUAUACAGUAUUCCAAGAGCCUUUUUCCUGAAGAUGCUGAUUUUAAGAUCACAGAGUCAGAUUCAAGCUCAGAUUUGCAAGAUGUGAUUCCAGCAACAUCCGAGAGGUCUCUUUCUGACAGCGUCUUUCCCCCGGCCCCCUCUCCCACUGGCCAACUUUCCCCUUCUCAUACUGACAGUUCAGCCUCAUCAGAGGACUUUGGGGUGACACUCAAAACUUCUCAGGUGAAUCGUGACGCUACUGUGUGGGAUAACAAUGAUUCGGAUCCAGCACCUCAGCCACCUGCAAAGAAUCACAUGCCUACUCCUCUUCCCCGGUACACUCCUGUACACCCCCCAUCUAGCCAAUCAGAGCCCACUCCAGAACCUUCCCAGUCCCAGGAGCCCUCACUGAAGAUCGGUUUUCCUUAUAAACCACGGAGGUCCUUCAUGCAGCAAAAGACAUCAAACGUCAGCAAAGUUCCUCCCGUGAGUCAGACAGGAGCGUUGCCAUUAAAUCAACCAAGAGCUAACCCAGUUCCUCUGCCCAGAGUCUCUGAGGUACAACCACUGGCUUCAAACAAGCCUGAAACCACCCAAACUCAACUGCCUCCGUUGCCUGAAACUGGACCACAAAAGAAAACCCAAGGCAGAAGACCCAAAGUCCCUCCUCCCCAACCACCACCACCCCAACCACUGAGCAAGCAACUUUCCUUUCCAGCUCAGUAAGUCUUUGAACGCGAAGUGUACAGCUGGAGAAUAAACACAUGAAACUUAACGCUUUCUUUUGAGAGUAAAGCUCAAUCUUGUAACUCUUUAUAUCGGAUCCCUUGACUUCAAGUGGUUAAAGGGAUAGUUCUCCCAAAGAUGAAUAUUUUAUCAUCAUUUACUCACCCUCAUGUGAUUAAAGGUGACAUAGAAUGAUUGAACGGGGUAUUUAUCCUUGUUCUGUGAUGUGAUAUGUAGACAAAAAUGUUUUUGUUUGGGUCUGUAAUGCCUUAGAAGCUUCCUUAAAACCUCUCUCAGAUAGCUCUAUUAGGGUGGGGGAUUUUAAACAAGUGGUUUUGCACCUAUUUGGCUCCCCCUACUGGCUUAACUUGCAAUCUCAUUACUGAUUGGCUGACUUUGCUGCCACUCUAAAAAUGUAGCCAAUUAUUUUAAAGUGGGAGGCAGGGAGAUGCCUGUGAUGUCAUAAGCAUCAGUUUUUCAGAUUGGGCCGUUUUCUGGCUGACAUUUCUAAAAGAGGAAUUUCUAUGAGACUGAGAUGUUUAGCAUGUCUAGCACUUUUUGUAUGUUUGUGAAUGCGGGUAGACUACCAUUAUUCAACAAAGACAAGGUAAAAAUGUUUUUUCAUUCUCUGUCCCCUUUAAAAACCUGUAUACAUUUCAUAAUUCUCAUGAACACGAAGGAAGAUAUUUUGAGGAAGGUCUCAAUCAUGAGCCCCAUUCACUUCCAUAGUAGGAAACAAGAAUACUAUAAAAGUGAAUGGUCGGUUUGGUUAUAAACAUUAAAUGUCAGUGGCGGCCGGUGACUUCUUUUUUCCAGGGCGCUCGAUGCGAAGUACAUGUAGCCCGACAUGUGUGUGGUUCGUAAUUUAAAAUAUGUGUUCUGCGUGUCGAGUGAUCCUAUGUGCAUCACGUGUCUUGUCAAAAUAUGUGCCUGCUGCAGACGUGUCUAAAGGGUUUAUGAUAAGAGAGACGCUCGCGUUUGCCAGAUACUCGCAUAAUCUCAUGCGUAAUCAGAGUUUACUGUUAAGGGAGUGUCUUGCGAGUAUUUUGUUGACGUGAGCGUCUCUUUUAUUAUAAACGGUUUUGACGCGUGUGCAGCAGGCACUUAUUUUGAAAAAAACACAUGAUGGACAUGAGUCACGAGCCGCCACUGUUACAGUAAAUGUGUAAAUAAUGAGUAAAUGAUGACAGAAUUUUCAUUUUUGCGUGAACUAUCCCUUUAAUGCUUUCAGCUGUGCAGUGUUUUUGUGACACUGCUCUUUCUCUUGUGUUUCGUUGAUCUGCUGUAGAGAUACAGGGUUUGUAAAGGCUAACAGAGCAAAAUGCAUAUUUUAUGUAUGAUGGUUAGCGAGUGCUUAUAAUGUCAACAAAAAUCUUUUAAAGCUGACAUCAUUUAUAUUUUGUUUUAAUGAAAACUUAAUGAAAAAGGUAACAUACAUUGGUAUUUUGUACAAUUCUUGUGCAAAGUCGCACAUACGUACAUUAUGUACAUAUUAUAUCAUGUGAUUAAGGGAAUGGAGACUUCAAAUAAAAAUUCAAAUGAAUUCAUAUUAAUAUUUAAUCAUAUUUUCAUUGUGGGGAUCAUAAAAUGUUAAUGAAUACUGUGUUGAUCGGCAGAUAUUUAUCAUGUAAUAAAAUGUGACUGUGA